AUGAAGUUACUUUAUAGUAUUGUAGUCGUUUUCGUAUACAUAACAAGACCUACUUUUGGCCAAUUGCAAAAUGGGCAGCCUUUAGCAUUGCUGCAAGCCAGUGGAGAUGAUCCAAAAACUCCACUGAUUGUGCUUUCAAAUCCCAUAGCUAAGCCUGCAUUUGGGGAGGCAAUUAAAUCGGAACAGGAUAUUGAAACCACACUAACACCCGAUGCAUCAACAACUGUUCCUGCACUAACUUCUUCAGAAAAACCGACUAAAAAAACACGACUUCCUCAAAAGCAAAAACCCGCUUUUAAUCAUGGUCAAAAACACAAGCUUUCAAUGCAAGACUUUUUGCUGAUGCCAGGAAUGUGGGAGAGUUCUCCAAUAAACUUUCCCCAUAGACCGAUGGAUGCAGUAGCUGCUCAACCUGCUUUCUACCCCGUGCCAGUCUAUAUUCCGUAUCCAUAUCCCUUCAUGAUAAACCAGCAGAUGCAUCUGAUGGGCAGACCGUCCAAAGACAAAGUGGAGGACCAACUUGCAAUGGGUUUCAAUGAGAUGAUGUCUCAAAAUCUUCUUACAAGCUCCAUUCAACUAGACAACGGAUGUAAAUGGCAGCAGAUAUCCAAAAAUCAGAUACAACCGGCAAACCAAAGUGGUCAAAAAAAAUGGAGGGGAAAAUGGCGAAAAACAACGACAACUACAACUACCUCAACAACUGGAGCUCCAGUUACAGCUAUAACUGAGCCCACAAGAUUACUCAUAAAUAGCAGUAGCCAAGGUGAUAGUGAAGUAAAAUCCAUCGAAGCCAAUGCGAAUAAUGAGACAACUGAAACAGCAAUCCAAUAGAAUAAAUUU